CAUUGCUCUAGCUUAGUGCCUCACAAUCAGUUAACUAGACGGAGCUGCCGCUUACUUGGCCUACGCGACUGUCGAAGAAGGCGGCGGUGUGAUUUGAUCGGUGGCUUAGUUUUAGUUCCGAAGACACAUAUUCCUCCACAAAUCUAAACUCUGCUUUUUAGAAUUUAUGAUACACCGUCUCUCUCCGCCUUCGGAGACCCGCUGAGAAAUUCCAAAGCUCUGGAAUAAAAUGUCUCUGAGAAAACCCCAAGUCCCUCGGCUUCUUCUCAACAAUGUUUCGUGUAUGAGAAACGCUCAGCAAAUCCUUCGUAACGUGAAUGCCACCAUCCACGACGGUGGUUCACUUGUCCUCACUGGCACAAACGGGUCGGGCAAGACAACUUUCCUCCGGAUGCUGGCUGGGUUUUCCAAGCCAUCAGCCGGAGAAGUCCUAUGGAACGGUCACGACAUAACCAAGUCAGGGAUUUUCCACCAAUACAAGCUUCAACUCAACUGGCUCUCCCUGAAGGAUGCAAUCAAGAGCAAUAUUACGGUAUUGGACAAUGUUCAGUGGUUCGAGGUACUUGAAGGGAAACAAGGAAAGUCUUUGCCUGCAUUGGAGUUGAUGGGACUUGGUAGAUUGGCCAAAGAGAAGGCCAAAAUGCUUUCAAUGGGUCAAAGGAAAAGGCUUCAGUUGGCUAGGUUGUUGGCCAUUGAUAGGCAAAUUUGGUUGCUUGAUGAGCCUUCUGUGGCUUUGGAUGAUGAUGGAGUUAAGCUGCUUGAGUAUAUCAUUGCAGAGCAUAGAAAGAAAGGUGGGAUUGUGAUUUUGGCUACCCAUUUGCCUAUUGAGAUUGAUGAUGCUAUGGUUUUGAGGCUUCCCCCUAGAUUCCCUAGGAGAAUGACCUUUGUGGAUAUGCUUGAUAGAAGAGACUUUUAAGGUUUGAACCAUCCAUUAUUAUCCAUUUUUUGUAUUGUUUUGCUAUGUUUCUUUUCAAAAAAACUUGAAGUGGGAAAAGAAAAGAAGAAUAAUUGUCAUUUUAUAUGUUAAAUCUUAUAGCAAAAAGGCUCGAUUUUGGCCUCAUUUUUGUAUUAUGCUAAUUUCAAGUGAUAUCUUUCUUGAUGUAAUAAUAGUAUAGGAGAAUAUUUGUUUUCUUCUA